UCGCCACAUACAGAUCCACUGUAAUCCCAUCCCACUGUCCAGCACUUUGCGCUUUGUUCGUGGCAUCCGCUGCCGUUUCGAGACAUCAUGGCGAGCUCUGGGUUCUCAAGGCUGGCGUGCAUGGCCCUCCUGUGCCUGGUGGUGGCCUCCUCCGUGGCCGAGGCCGCCGUGACAUGCGGCCAGGUGUCGAGCUCCCUGGCCCCGUGCAUCCCCUACGCGAGGAGCGGCAGGGGGGCAGUGCCGGCCGCGUGCUGCAACGGGAUAAGGUCGCUCAACAACGCCGCCAAGACCACCGCAGACCGCCAGGCCACUUGCAGGUGCCUCAAGUCCGCCGCCAGCAGCAUCUCCGGCUUCAACUACGGGGUCGUCGCCGGGAUCCCCGGCAAGUGCGGAGUCAGUAUUCCCUACAAGAUCAGCCCCAGCACUAACUGCAACAGCGUCAAGUGAAGAUGGUGGAGAAGGAUUCUGGGAACCGCAUAAGUAUCAUUACUGUUAGGGAAUGAUUGCGUAGAGUGAGAAAUAAAAGGGGCAUGACACGUCCACACGAAGCUUCCGUGCUUCCUGUUAUUUAAGGUUGUUGUCUGUAUCGGGUCUUUCUGUGCCGUGCACAUUAUUAAUAAUAUUAUGGGACCGAAUGUAAUAUUUA